UGGCUAGUCACAAACGACGUCGAUUUAGGUGAUUCUGGAUAACCGUAGGUUGAACGACGAAGUGAACGAAGCUGACUGAGGCUAAGCACAGCCGACCGCAGACCCCUUUACGGAGCAUCGAUAGCGGGGCUGCGCCGCAGAUGCACAUGUUCGAUAUACAAGUCGGGUACUCGGGUGGAGGCGGCAAAUCGCGUCAAGACGCGCGCUGAGUCGCUGGCCAUCGUUUCAUCUGACCCCUCAUUCAUUAAGGAGGAUUGUGGCUUAACCCUCGAUACGGGAACAGUAAGCCAAAUGUUGUCGGGCACAAUCAAGGCAGAAUGUGCCAAACUCGAGUUCGGCCCUCACGAAAGCAGAGAGAAGUCAAAGGCACUCCAGGCUGUAUCAAAGGGACCCAGAACAAGACGGAGCGACACAGUGUCUGAUGAUUUCUUCUGGCAUGCUCUUCAACCGUGGGCAGCGUCCGAUGGUUUUGCUAUGGUGGUUCUGGAGGGCUCGUUUGCGCUGCGAGGGAGAAUGGAGCAGAUCGCGGUCAUGACAACGGGACUAAUUGGCGCAAAGUCAGUUCCGCUGGCUUGGGCACUGAAUGUUCCACCCAGGCGGGUUCCGAACGAAGAGGCUGCAAAGAGCUACACUGCCCAAGACAUUCUCGCGCAGCUAUGCCUUCAACUAUUGCAUCAGAACCCACGCCUCCAUCAGAAAACCGAGCUGAGAAGAUGCCUGAGCAUGCUGGAGUCAGCUAUGUCAGAACCCGAGUGGUUCGCCAUGCUAGUGCACUUUAUCAACGGUCUGGAUCAAGUGUUCAUUGUCGUUGAUCUUGGCUCAAUGGCAACAAGCAACCCAGAAGCACCUACGAGCUGGCCAGGGGCCUUCACUUCAAUAUCCCAGAAACUGAGUGGAUGUAUAGUCAAAGUCGUCCUGUUCACCUACCGACACGUCACCUUUCCAGGCUUGCCGCAAGUAAACGUUGUCCGAUUUCCACAAGAGAAGAACUGGCGAAGUGAGAACCGAAUUCGGUCUGAGACAUUAGACUCAAAUUCAGGAGCGUCAAGUGUUGCCAGCGCAUGGCUAAAAUACAUUGCCCCUCGUCAACGCUCAAAGCGCAGUCGGACUCCCUUGGAUGAAGAGGUAGACGACUAUGAUGGAGGUGUAACAAUGACAACAGGCAGCAGAAAAAGGGGCAGAAAAUCGUACACAUGGUUCGACUACUGGUCACAUUUCGACGCUGCUAUUGACAGCUCUCGGAAAGAUGAACCUAGCAGCGAGUUUCCUCGAGUCAAAGUCGCUAUUCUCGACACGGGCGCAGACCUCUCUCAUCCUGACAUUGCCGAAGCCAUCCGGGCCGGCCGCGUGAAAUAUCGGAGUUUCAUCAGCGACAACGUUUCCGACAUGUGCGACACGGACGGGCAUGGGACACACUGCACCUCUCUGGUGCUGAAGUACGCGCCCAAUGCCGAAGUCUACAUUGGGCGGGUAUUUGAAAAGAGCAAUGUCCCCGCGUCCAGGCUUUCAACGCUGGCAGAUGCGGUCCAAUAUGCAAGCGAGAAUUGGCGUGUCGACAUCAUCUCCAUUUCCCUUUGGUUUCCAAGGUCAACCCUUGAUGCCGAACGGAAGUUUGAAUUGGCGGCGGCAAACCGUGUCCUGAUCUUCGCUUCAGCGUCGAACAACACGAUACAUGAAGUACAAUCGAUCCGCUUCCCGGCCAACUUGAGGCAAGUUUUCUGCAUUUUCUCUGCAGAUGAACAUGGAUCGGCUUCUAGUUUCAAUCCCAGGGCGAGGUAUCAGUGCCCAAAUUUUAUGCUUCCUGGAGAAAAUGUUCUCGGCGCUUGGCCGGUCGAUAAAGCAAACGAUACACCAGAUAUUGAGGUGAGCGAGGGGAAGACGUAUCGACGUCUCUGUGGCACAUCAUGCGCGACCCCAAUCGCCGCGGCCAUAGCUGCGGAAAUACUCGAGUUCGCGUGGCAACCGCGGGAUCCCCCUCUCCGUCGAGGGGAUCUGCUUAAACGAUUCGAUGGUAUGGAAAAGGUGUUCAUCCAGAUGGCAGACCGAUACCAACAUGGGGAUGGGGGCUAUCAUUACGUCUUACCGUGGAAGGUUCUUACACGGGAGAGGGAAAACAGGGAGAAUCAAAUACUACUAAAUCACAUUUUGGAAUCGGAUUAACCAUGAGAGCACUUUCCUAGAAUGUCAAAGUUUCGACAUGCGACAGCGCAGGUCAUCCUACCAUGAUGGCCGAUCAUGAUCACUACGUCUUCGCCUUGACUACCUAGUCCGCGAAUGAGUAUGAACAUUUAAAACCACGAAUGGAUCGC